AUGGACAGAUGGGAUAGAUCCCAACGAGAUCGCCAACAAAGGCAUUACAGAGAGAACCCUUCUUUCUCUUCUACUCUUCUGGACGCCAUUUAUAGAUCCAUCGACGAAGGAGAAAGAGAGGAGAGACAAAACCAGCUUGUGCUUUACAGAGAAACCAUGAAAAAGCAGAAACAGAGCAACUUCUUCGAUGAGGAAGCUAAAGCACCGAGCUCUCGUCGAUCUCAAAAGGUCGAAAACUGGAUGGAUGCAAGGGCGUUCGAGAAAGUUGAGGUUCGAAGAAAUUCCAUACAUUCUAGCUCAAGCUCCACAGAUUCAAGCUCAAAUGGCGGCUUUUCUUCUUCAGAGUCAUCAUCAGAGCUCUUCAAUGGCGUCCAGAGGCUGAAGCCAAUUCGAACCAGUGCUGAUCCUCCUCAAAAACCAACAUUUGAUUCUCUCAACGCAUACAGAAACUACUCUGGCAAUACCCAGAAGCCAAAGCAGGAAAAUGGCUUUGAGAAGAAGACGAAAUCAAAAGCUCUGAGAAGAAUCCUAUACGGAGACUUGAAGAAAUCAAAGCAACCUAUUUCGCCAGGUGCUAGACUCACCAGUUUUCUGAAUUCUCUCUUCAAUUCAGGUGGUGGAAAUAACAAUGCCAAAAAGAAACCAAAGGUGGUGUCGUCAAACACUCUGACGCAACCUUCAACCUGUUCUUCAGCAUCUUCGUUUUCAAGGUCUUGCUUGAGCAAAACCCCAUCAUCAUCAAGAUCAGCAGCGAAGGCUACCAGGUCCGUGAGAUUCUGCCCAGUGAGUGUCAUAGUUGAUGAAGAUUGCAGGCCAUGUGGACACAAGAAUCUUUACGAAGGAGAAAAGGGUAUUGAGAAAUUCAGCCAUGUCAGCAAGAACAGUAACAACGAGGAGCUGAGGUUCCAUGUGAUGCAGGAGAGUCGAAGAGUGGAGGAGUACGCGAGAGAGUUGUUGAGAAAUUAUCAGAAGAAGAAGAAGGACGUUGAUGAUGAUGAUGAUGCGGCAAGCUGUUCAAGUUCUGAUCUUUUUGAAUUGGAUAAUCUUUCAGGGAUCGGGAAUAUUGAAAGGUAUAGAGAAGAAUUGCCAGUGUAUGAAACGACCCAUUUCAAUACCAAUCGAGCCAUUGCCAACAAUGGCUUCAUGCUGUAA